GUGCCAUGGAAGUACGCGCCGCCGCCGAACACCUCCGGUUUAUGUGAGGAAGCUGCUCGCGUUGUGUUUCCCCGCCGGGUUUUGUUUCUUUGAUCACUCCAUCAAGUUUUUGUCGGCAUUGUUUGGUGGCGUAAGGAGCGGCACGGCGCCCCGGAACAGUGGCGGAAGUUUGAGCUUGGCGCGCGGCAGAGGAGGAUUGAUCUUGAGGGAGCACAGGGAGUGGGAAGCGUCGUGGCCGGGUAGUCGGUUCUGGCCGCGCAGCUAUUUUUAUUGAUCGGUGGAGAGAGGCGCGACAGGCACAGUUGGUAGUGAGUGGCCCUUGCGUGGCCCAGUGCUCGAGGAGAAGCCAGCGGGUCAGGCUACACACCGCCUCCCUGACAUGAUUAUCGUGUAGGACUCGGUCCCGCCCUCCGAGACUCUCCCUCCACCAAGGUCAUCCCGGCUUAGUCUUCUUGGGACGAGUGGCUGGCCUGCGGGUUGGUGGUGCUAUUCCUGGGGACUAAGAGGUGGACGCAAGCAUGAAGUGUGUUAGUGAGGUAGCGUGAAGUGCUGCCAGUACGUUGUGAGUGUGGAGGUAAUUGACCUGAUUCCCGUGCAAUCCACAAUGAGGCAUAAAGUGAAAUGGUGGUGUUCCCUUUCCCUGGUGCAGCAUCGGACAACAGUUGUCUUCAUUCUCUUCUCGCUGUUUCCGACCUUGCUGGGCGUCUACACCCAGGAGCAUGACAUCAACAUGCCGCACCAAGAAGUCGAAUUCUGGGCCAGGAAGAUCGGCAACCAUAUAUUCCAUCUGUCGAACGCCUUUGCACUCUACAAUGACAUCAAAGACAACUUCCACUCGCGAGAUGCCACACUCCAGGAGAAUGACGGCCUGCAGCUGGUGAAGGAGAUGGCCAGUGACGUGACCAACAUGAUGAAGUUCAAGGUGGACGCCGUCAACCGCAUCAUGAACGUGGCGGAGGAGGCGUCACUCGAUAAGUACAAGCAGGAUGAGGCAGUGGACUAUUUCAACGCCAAGAGACUCAAUCCCUCGCCAGACAUCCCACAGGAGGCGAUUGAUGAUAAGAACUACAGGAAUUUGUCGCUGCUUUCAAACAGUCACUUCGACGGCAUACCCAUUAACGAGAGUGUGUCGUCCGUCCAUGUCCCCACCAACGUGUACGCUAAAGCACCCGAUGUGAUCAACGCUAUCAGGUGGUCUGGCCGCCUUGACCGAACCUUCAAAUCUAACUAUGAACUGGACCCAACGCUCUCAUGGCAGUACUUCGGCUCCUCCACAGGCUUCCUCAGACAGUACCCAGCCUCCGAGUGGGUGAUGGAUGAGAAGGACCCAGACCUCUACGAUGCUCGCCUCCGCUCUUGGUACAUCCAGGCAGCCAGUAGCCCUAAAGACAUGGUGAUCCUCCUCGACGUGUCCGGCUCCAUGACUGGGCUGCGUAAGGAGAUUGCUAUACAUGUCGUCCUGAACAUCUUGGAGACAUUGAAUGAAAACGAUUUUGUCAACAUCUUCAACUUCAGCACAGAGACGACUGAGCUGGUGUCCUGCUUCAAUGACUCACUGGUGCAGGCCAACAUGGAAAACAUCGGAGAGUUCAAGAAAGCACUCAAGACCAUCGAGACCAAAGAAAUAGCAAACUUCUCGAAGGCUCUCAUCAAGGCCUUCGAACUUCUCCAACGGUCCAACAGUAAGUAUAACAAGAGCGGUCAGGGGUCGCAGUGUAACCAGGCCAUCAUGGUGGUGACGGAUGGGGCACCCGACAACUAUGAAAAGAUCUUCUCCACGUACAACUGGCCCCACUUCCAGGUGCGUGUAUUCACCUACCUCAUCGGCCGUGAAGAGAAGAAGAAACGGGAUCUCAGUUGGAUGGCUUGUGCAAAUAAAGGAUACUUUGUACAAGUAACGACUUUAGCAGAGGUACGAGAGCAAGUACUAAGGUACAUACCAGUGAUGGCACGGCCAAUGGUUAUGUACCAGGAGGAUCACCACCACAUAUGGACUGGAGUCUAUGCUGAUAUAGCGCAUGAGAGGCAUGGACACAUUGUGGAUCCCAAACAAAUAGAGUGGCUGUGGGAGGUUCGCGAGGGAAAACGUCAAAGAGACCGAACUGAAAACUACCAAAAGCUUCAGAAACUAGUGAAGGACAGCAGUUCCCUCACCAACAUACACGCCCUUCAGGAUAAGUGGCAGGUGGAAAAUUUCCUUAGAUACGGAGAAUUUGGCCUCAGUAGCAGGAGUAUCGCCCGUAUUAAAGCUGCCAAGAUGCGGAAGAUGAGGCGUCAACGCUUAAGGAGGAGGGAUAUACAGAACUUUACACUUAAACCAGAAGUUCGAGAAAAGAUUAAACAUGAAAUUGAAAUAAUGUUGAAAAGAAGAGUCAAACGAGAUGUGCUAGUCCUCAUUCCCAAUAGGAUACAUGACUAUGAUCUAUGGAAACAUCAUAAGCGCUUGUUGAGAGAGCAGGAAAAGUUAGAAAAGUGGUAUGAAGAUAUCAGAAUGGGCCGGCGAGGCGCCCCUGGCCUGAAGGAAGGCUACCGACUCAUGACGUCAGUCGCUGUUCCAGUGUUUGACCGUAAAAAGACCUCGAACAUCACCGAGAGAGUAUUGGUCAAUGAGUCCGUUUGGGUGUUGAGGAAGAGAGAGACGAAGACUGCCAACCUGCUGGGCGUGGCUGGCACUGAUGUCCCCAUCCGAGAAAUUGAAAAAUUGGUUCCUCCAUACAAGCUUGGAGUGAAUGGCUACUCAUUCAUGGUCAAUUCAAAUGGAUACGUCAUAUACCAUCCAGACCUGAGGCCAGUGCACCGAGAAUCAAAUGCUGAGUUUCAAGAUAUCCUGAAGCCAAACUACAACAGUGUUGACUUUGCUGAAGUGGAAUUGACUGACUAUGAAAAUGAAGCUCGUGCCAACGACAGUGAGCUUCUUGAGAUGGCUGGAUGGAGAGAUUAUUAUAGCAAGCUCCGCAAAGAACUGGUGGAACAGAACCCAGCAGAAAGAAUGAUGAAUGUCAAGAUCCAUUUGGAUGAUAUGAAACGUGUGGUUCAGAGGACGCAGAAGUACUUUGCUCAGAAGAUCAGUGGAACGCCCUUCAGUUUGGGUAUUGCCAUGCCUGAUGGGUAUGGCAAGUACAAGGUGCACGGGCAGAUUGAAUUGACUCGUGAAAUUCAGGAUCGAAGAGCUGGUGAUGUUAUGGAUCACUUCUCUACUGGGAACUGGAGUCUGCAUCCUGACUGGGUUUACUGUGAAUACAAGUAUGACCAGCAUCAGGAGGAUCAGAGUCCAGAAGCCUUGAUAAAAGAAUUCCUCUCCCGUGCCCAAAAACCCAACUGGAAGUGGCGUUCCACUCGUACUCGCCCUCCACCAGACCCCAUCAUGAAUCAGGCUCAGCAUAAGCGCUGGAAGCCUUCCAUGGGGAGUGAUGAAAGAAAAGAUAAUUAUUAUUGUGACAAGGAUCUGGUACAGUCACUUCUCUUUGAUGCCCGAGCUACUAAUGUAUAUUCCCGGGAAGUUAAAAUUGAAGAUAAGAUUAAAGACAAAAAUCCUGUGGCGAUUUACAUAAUGCUUUUAAGCAUGGGCAGUCAGAACUUUGGCAUCACCACUGCCUUUGUGGCUACUCGUAGUGGACUGACUCGAUGGAUAGACAAUCCAUCAGAGUCUUCUUCUAGUAAUGGCAACUCCAAAGAACGGCACUUCAUGAAGGUGCACAAUCGUGCUAUUGAUGAAGUGUGGUACAAGCGGGCAGUGGAUUACUACAAAGAAGAUCAAGAUGCCUACGUUUACUCAGUUCCAUUUGAUGCUGCAACUCGUGACCCAGAUGAGGUUCUGGUAACAGCUACACGUGCCAUCUUUGUUGAAGAAAAUGAAUACAGAAUGGCUCCUGCUGCUGUUGUGGGUGUCACCAUCAAACACAGGAAAUUUGUAGAUUUCUUCAAAAAUGAAACUUACAAGUGCCCCUCCUAUCCCAGUCGGGACUCAAGCUGCAAGAAAGCUAAAACAUGUGAGAGCACAUCAUUGAAUUGCUACCUACUAGAUGACAAUGGUUUCAUUAUUGCCUCUGAAAAUGAGGAUGACACUGGCAAGUUCUUUGGCACCCUUGAAGGUACAAUCAUGGAAUCAUUGGUCCAAAGUGAAGUGUACAAGAAAAUCCAGGUAUUUGAUUACCAAGCAGUAUGUCUCGACACACAAGAAAAGAACAGCAUGGCUUCCAUUCUGACCACACCUAUUCAGACACUGAAGUGGUUUGCCAAUUGGAUGAUGGGUAAUGUAUUUUGGGUACUUGUGAAAACACAGCUGUAUACUCUUUGGGAUCCCAAUGAAGCCUGGGCCUAUGCUCAAGGCCAGUGGGACCCUAAUGCAGCACCAACUGAUGAAGUCACUUACUCCAAGGGACCCAUCAACCAUCAGAGCACUUUUGGUGAAUACCAAGAAAUGUUUCCUGAUGAGGCUGUAAUAACUGAGGAAAGCUCAGGUGAAGGUUCAGGAAAAUAUCCUGAGGAAGAUGGUUCUGGUAGAGAAGGUUCUGGUGAAGAAGAAAUAGCUCUGUAUGAAGGGAUAUUGGAGUAUGAGGUUCAAGACUACCUGGAUGGCAUUCCAACGGAGGAUACCAAACGUACUGAAUCACCAGAUGUUGUUGGUGACUUUCCUCCUCUUGAGAAAUUGAAGAAGAAAGGCUACCCGAUCCAGCUGGCAUACAUAAACAAAACCCACCCACGUCCCUGUGACAAGACUGUAUAUUUAUAUAAACUUCAGAGCAAAAAGUUGAAGCAAGAUGGAUUAUACAAGCCUGUCAAGGGAAAACUGUCUAAUUGCCAUACCAAUGGAUGUGGCAGGCCUUUCAGUGUACAGAAGGUGAUCUCAACCAAUCUGAUUCUUGUGGCUGUCAACAGUCUAUGUCCAUGUGAAUCAAGAAAAGUUGACAUUGAGCCUGUGGAGGUUGAGCACAAUGAAACAACUUCAUGCAAUCGAUUGCUUAUGCAGCAUUAUCGAAAACGACCUCAGUCUUGUGUCAAUUACCAUCCUGAUGAGCAUGAGAUCAAGCUUUGUGGAGGAGCUGGAAGUCUUGGCCCGUCUUCAGUCGCCCUUCUCACUCUGCUUCUAGCACACAUCUACAACUCCAUGAUGCAGUCAUGAUACAUGCGUCCACUAUUUUAGUGACUGAGAAAUGUGGCUGAUACAGCUUACACAAGUAGAAAUUAUUGAUGUCUUUUAUUAUUACUAUCUAGCUAAUGUCACUGAGCUCAUUAGGAAGGAGAGAGGAACAGUAUGCUUUCCAAGAAUAUUAGUUUUUCCAAUUACUGAUACAUGAAUUGGACAGUUCAUAAUGUAACAAUGAAGUUGAUGGAUUGUUUUUGCCAAAGGAUGCAUUCCUUAGUUUUGUACAUAGUACUUUUUUUAUAUACACAUACUAUAUAUAUAUAUAUAUAUAUAUAUAUAUAUAUAUAUAUAUAUAUAUAUAUAUAUAUAUAUAUAUAUAUAUAUAUAUAUAUAUAUAUAUAUAUAUAUAUAACAAAGUGAGUAAGUAAAAGAAAGAAUAGCUGUCUUCUCAAGAUGGCCUUCAUGUUUUUGGCUUAUCAAAAUUCUUUUUUAUUUUCUGUCUGAAUGAUAAAGGUAAAAUUUUUAAAUUCACCAAAUUAAUAUCCACUUACAGGUAGUGAUUUUAAUGUCUGGAAACUAAAAGGAAGCAAUAUCCUUCAACAUGUAUGGAAAGUUAUAGUUCUGUCAUGUGUUAUGAGAGUGUGCAAACUCUUGGAACUUAUCAGUGCUAUAGUAUAGUGAAGAAAUAAGAAAAUGAAAUUUGUGGAAUGGAUGGCCUGCUCUCCUGUGAAACUUUUCUUGUGACAAUGACAUAGAGGCCUAGAGACUGUACCUCAUGUUAUGGAGAGAGUCCUGCAUUUUCUCAUGCAUGGAAUGUUUUAGUGGGGAAAGAAAAUGUCCUUUUGUAAAUGUACUGAAAAUUUUGUGUCACCAUUAUUAACCAGACUCAAAACCCCGCAUCAGUACUACUAGUUUAUUGUAUGUAAUUAUGUGUAUGUGACCUGUUGUCGGAAUUGGUUGCAAACUUUACUCAUACAACAUCCCUACAUGUAAACAUCACCAGGGUUGGGAUACCUCUUCUGUAGCAUAUACUAACAUUUUAUUGUAUUUUUUUUCUUGUUCUUUUUGUAUUAUUCUUGUCAUCUAAGUUGUUGAAAUUUCUAAAUGUCUAUUGGUUUGUUCUUCAUAAUUUUAUUUUUGCAUAUAAUUGUUCAUAUUCCACUUCCACCUUCUGUGAGAUAUUGUGAGGACUAAAGCGAUUGAAAAGACAUGAACUAGCAUACUUUUUAAAAGCUCGGAACAUUUUGUUGUUCUCCUGAUCUGGUGUAGUGGAGGCAGUGGUUCCUGUUUUUCAUCAUACUCUUUGGUUAUAAGUAGAUGUUAGAUAUUUCUACCACUAGUGAACAUUAGACUCAUAAGUGGUCAAGUAACAGUCAUAUCAAACAGUGACAUACAUUUUAAGUUGUCACUGUCCAUAUGUUGUCCCUUUUGUGGGGCUUGCCUUUCAGUUGUUGUUUACUGUUAUUAGUUGUGUAAAAGGUUGAUUUACUCAUAUAUACUUGAAAUGCAUACAUAUAAAUAUAUAUAUUGACAGUUUAUAUAUGGCAGUAUUAGGGGUAUGGGACCUCAGCUGUGAUGAGAUGUUGGUGAGAUGAUAUCAUAGGAGGCCACUCACUAUCUAGAAGAAACAGUAUCCUAAGAAAGCUGCUGUUGUGAAAGAGGCUCUUCCUCACAAGGUCUGCUGUACAUGGUUAACCUGUUGAAGUUAUAGCAGUAGAGGGACUGAAAAAAACUCUCAUUAUUUCUAUGUAGAAAAGAAAGGUUUUUCUCAUGGGACAGCUUUGUACUGAUAAUGCUGUCAUAUGAUAUGAAGAGUGAGAAUUCCUUCCCCCCUCUCCUCAACCUAAUUACAGCUUGUUUUUACAGUGCUCAGGAUUGUUUCCUGAAAUUAUCAUCAAAGUGAAGUAGUAGCUAGUAGAGAUGGAAAAUAAUAUGUAGAAUAAAUGGAAACUCCAAAUGACUGAGCUAUAUCAUGUAUCUUCAGGAGAGUGUCAGGUUGAAGAGAGCAAGGAUAGAUAGGUAUGCAUUUUCUGGAUAUAUGGGGAGCUGAAUGGUCUUCCGAAGUAGUUGUUAGAACACAGAAAGUGUACAAAGUGGCCAGAUGAGGAUAUCAUUCUAGAUAGUGAAUUGCCUCUGUCUUUCAGUUCCCCAGCAAUUAUGGGUGUGAGAAUAUUUUGCUUAGUGUUAGUUUGGCAUGUUCCCUCUGCCACUCUUGGGGUUAAAUGAUUAGAAUUAAAUGAGUCUUCAAUUUGUACAUAAUUAAGAUAUUCACAGAAAAAAAAUUCAUGUUGUAGUUGUAUAAGUGAGUCAAACAUUUCACACUAGAGAUUAUUUAAGAACACUAACAAAAAUUACGAUGGCAUAAUUCCAAAAUGAGUGAAUAAUCUUAGUAACUGUACACGUACUUUACGUAUGGUAUUGUUUUCUCUGAUACUAGAAUUUGUAAAUGUUGUCAAGUUUCUUACUGAACGACUGUGCUGGCUAUCUGAGAAGUCAUAGUUGUGAUGUAAGGAAAGGGUAGUGGACUUUGAUCUUUCCUUGCAGGGACAGAGAAGUUUCUCUUGCAUCAGGAUGAAGAUUCAGAUUUCUUGUUUACCUGAAUUUCACACCCAGGUGUUUUUACUGUUGUAAACUUUGAACUCACUUUGAUGUGUCAAUUUCUUGCGUUAUGAGAUUGAAAAUGAACCUGUAUAUGAAUGAGAAGAAUAUUUUCAUCAUAAUUGCAGCUAAGACAGUUUUGUUACCUGCUGCGCUGAUAGAGGAAUAUAAAGAGGAAAGUGAUUGCCAUUAUUCUUCCUUAGUCAUAUUAAAGGCUUUUUUACUCUAUCUGUUGUGAAAUGCAUAUGUGUAGUUGUGUUAAAAACAGACUGGUUUAUUUAAAAAAGAAAUGAUCAGGCCUGAUAUCUAGUGUGAAAUUGUGGCAAAUAAUCAAAAUAUAGCGACUGCUGCAUACACCAAAGGGAUCUGUUAGAGUAAACACCCUUUCAGAGGCUUUGUAAACCUAUAAAGUAAUGAAUCAGCAGCAGUGAGUUGAUGUCUGGUGGCAGCAAGUGGUCAGAAAGGGCCAGGGACCUGGCAGCAUGUGUCUACCAGUAAGACACAUCUAAUAUUUCUACAAAUAAUGUGUGCACUACUCAUCUCUCUGGAAUCCCUUCUAUUGGAGGCUAUAGUCACUGUCUCUCCAUUGCCCACAGCAUGCCAAACCAGAUGUGGACAAAGAAAUGCAAGUCCAUUAUUUGCCCAAUUUCCAAGGUAUUUUGUCCACUUGCUCUUUCUAUUAAAAAUUCAAUGUCACUGUGGCAAAGCCUCAUUGCCAGGCACACCUCCCCAUAGAUCAGAGGGAGAGAGUGAGAUCCUUUCUUGUGGAUUAUGUGAGAAUGGAUUUCUAUUUUUAUUUUCCUGUUCUCGUGUACCUCUUAACUGUGGGGCUAAUUUUAUUCCAAUUCAUGUUGACUUCCUCUAUAAACUGCAUAAUAUUAAAUUGAUCCCCUUUUUUGUAGAUAAUUGAUAACAGAAUAGGGGAGAAUUUUUUGCUAAUGAAGCUUUAGAUAGGCGGCCAAGGUCUCCACUGUGGUGAGGAACCGGCCCUUGGUGGGGACGCUCCCGUCCUGAGGCUGGUGAUCAGAAUAUAUCACGAGUUAGUUAGGGAUCAUGGAAUACUUAGAGUAAAAUACCUUCCAUGCAGUUACUUCAUAAUCUUAUAUUUCAGAAUUUAUUUAUAUAGGGAAAAUAUCUUACAUUAUGAGAGAAUCCCUGCAUUGUACUUUAUUUCAUAACAGACGAUAAUAGGUAAUAUACCAUUUAAGGGCCAAGCUAAGAAGGGCGACAGGUCUCUCUGGAUGUGGACCAACCAGCACCACCCCUAUACAUGUUGCCACUCCUGCCCCAUGCAACUCAGCCUGGCAGAGCUUUAAACCUUCUACAUGAAAUUACACACAUAAUGUAUUCAAUCAAAAAUUUCCACUGAACAAUCCCAGAUUUUACCAAAAUGGUGUAGAUAAACUAUCACUCUUUGAAUUCCCACUUAACAUCACCACCUUUCCUUGACGUUUACAACGUUCCUCCAGGAUUUCCAUAGACAACCUGUGUGUUGUGUAAUGAAGAUUUUAUUAUUAUUAUUAUUAUUAUUAUUAUUAUUAUUAUUUACUUUUAACAUUAUGACACAUAAAGUGAAAAAUAUGAUGACUAAUUGCAACUCUGAUCAUACUGACCAUUUUUUCAUUUAUAUUUUCUGACUUGAAUUUACUAAUGUGGUAAGCAAUGCUGAUGCAAGACAUGAGGACAAAAGGACUGUGAUAUUAAUGAUAAAAGCAUCAAAAAUACUUUAGAGAGAGAACGUUGAAAUUUACUACAAAGCACUGCAGGGUCGACAAAGACUGGUGGUGGUGCUCCUUACGUGUACUCCUUGCCUGCUCCACACAGUGUGUCAUGCCAUAAAGCACUAUCCUUGCACACAGCAGAUUUUGUUUAAAUGUUAAUGCAUUCAUCACAACAAUGAGGAGAGAUCUGUCGCCCUGGGGUCAUUAGUGAGGGGAAGCUGAUGACCUGUUUUGCCGGGUCAUUUUAGGUCAGGUGCAAAGAAGAAUGCUACUUAAGACUCCAUUUUCUAUUCUAUUUUUGUGAGUUUCAUUGGUGCAGUGUUAAAUUUUGUGAACUGUGUUAGUUGCUAGUACUUACUUUUUAAAUCCUCUCAGAACAACCUGGCUGACAAAUGUAACCCAUCAGUUUGACAGUGUAAUUAAUUUCUUUGAUGACCAAAGGAUGCAGUCAUGUGUGGUAUGGCCAGGCCAGCACAUCAGGGUAAUGGAGUCGUUGCACCUGACCUGUGACCCGUAUCAGGAGGACAGUGACCUGAACGUCAUGCUGUUGUCUGACCGGUGCUGCCUGAGGUACGCUUCUCGGGAAAUUCCAGUAUGCAUAUACUACAUAACUAUAUGCAUAUAUAUAAAGACUGGUUUCGAGACAUGUAAUUGCCUUUCUAAACAAUCAGUGGGUUCCCUCAAGCUCAUUCACAUACACCUCUGAAACUAGGAAAAAUUCCCUGGUGUUACUCUUCAAUAAGAACUAGCAGUGAUCACUAAAAGUGUAGAGAAUUUCAUUCACAUCCCACUAAAGAAAAUGUGUAUACAUACAUUCAAUUAUUUAUAGAUUUUUAAGACUGCUACUGCAAGAUAUUCCUCAAAAAUGUUCAUUAGUGAUGGUGGUGGUGGUGGUGUGAAUGGGGACAAGGAAGACUGAAAAGUGUGGAUCUUUUUUUCUGGUUGAGGCUCAGAUAGAGUUAAUCUCUUGACCAAUUCUUAUAUAAAAAAAAAGAAAGGUAAUUAAUGCCCUCCAAAACUUGGCUUUCAUAUACAAUUAUUGAUCUGGCAUCCAAAGGAGUAGGUGACACAAUGAACAUAUGUUCAGCUCUCUUCACAGGUGCAGUGGAAAUAAGGAAAAAAGUUUAAUGUGGAGGUGCUUAUGGCAGGUACCCUCAUGCUGGUAAGCUGCCACACCCCACAAGGACAGUUUGUCCUCGGUUGUGAUCCCAGGCGGUGCUCGAUGCCAAUCUUCGUCUCAAACUUUCUUAGCCGGGAUGGAUGAUUGAAACAUCAUGGCUAUCAAGAUGGAAGGAUAUUACUAAAAUUUGUCUAAAAAAUUGAGUAUUAAUUUUUUUCCACAUUAACAUGCCGUUAUUUCACAGGAUAAGGCGCUUAUCCUUCAUUACAGUAGCAAUUAUCUGUAAGGUUCACUGUAGCCUAUUGUUGUGACAUCCAGCCCGGCUGGGACUUGUCCCGGCUUCUCUUGUUUAUCGAUGUUGCCUCAGUAUCUGAGUGUUCUGCUCUUGGCUUUAUUUUUACAUUAAAGUCAAAUAAUAAUCAACAGAAAAAAAAAAACUAUGUUGCCUCCUGCUGUCAGAGAACCAUGCCACUUGAGUUUCAGUCUUCAGCAUCAUGUGGUUGGUCCUAUGUGCUAAAUGAUAUAAUUUAAAACCCCUCGUCUUCCAAGCACAUGCAACUUUCAUCUUUUACUCCUUUACAUUCAUUACACAGAAAACAAAUACUUCAUGCAAAAUUAUCAAAUUGUCCAAGUAAAUACAACAUAUACAUAGAAUAUGUACACCAAGCUGUUUUUCAAAGGUUACCUUUUGUGGCCACUAAUAAUGCCACUGUUGAGGCUGAGCAGUGAUUUGAAUGCCAGGAGUCAUGGACUCUGACAGAUGGAAGCACUACCCAGAACACUCAUAUGCUGACCCCGGCAUGGCUUCGUAGCUAAACUUUCAGGUGACGUGUUCUUCUAACCUCCCUGUGUAACGGUUUCUUCCAUGCGACGCCUUCGCUCCUCAUGAGAGUUCAUUUGUAUCCUGAGGACAUAAUAAAAUGUUAAUUGUCA